GAGUGAUUUGAGGGGUGAGGGAAUUCCCAGUGAGAGAGAAGAAAGAGUGAAAUCAGUCGGAGUGGCUUGAGGUUAGCUGUCAAAAUGCAAUUUAAUUAUCGAGUACCAGAAGACAUGAUUUAAACAAUAAAAUCCAAUAUGACGUCUAAACCUGAAAUCACACUAGACCAUUUCUACGUAUUCAAUGGGACUUACGCUAAAAAGGAAGGGGAGGAGGAGAAGAAGAUCUUGUAUUAUUACCCCGAGAAAACUGACGUCGACACGAAGAUCAAAAACAUUGGCCUGAGUGAGGCCAUCAUUAAAUUCACUGAGUCUUUUAAUCCAGGACAGACGUGUGAUUACUGUCACACGCACAAAACCAGGCAGAUUUAUUAUCAGCCAGAGCCUGAUUUCUGGAUGGUCAUGAUUGUCGGGGUUCCCUAUUUAUUAAAAACAAAAGAUGGCAAUGAGUACACGGAGUACCAGCAGGACGAGGUGUCGAGUCCAGUGUGUCUUGCAAUAAUGAAACAAGCCUACACGAGAUUCAGAUUGUUCAUGGGAUCAUUCGAGACGAUUCUGAAGGAUCCAGGCUGUGGUUCAGUGACUCUCCUGAAGCACAAGCUCGACUACUUCUUCUCCGAGCACUUGCUCACCCUUAAACUGAAUCACCGAGACAUCCUGGAUAUUUUCCAGGGUCUCCAGUUUCUUCCUCUGGACAAGGGCACCUUCCUGAGGGUCCAGUGCUUCAUGAAUCUCAUAGAAGCUACAUUCCCACAUGUCAAGUACACAGCAUUCCUCUACAACGAUCAACUCGUCUGGAGUGGGUUGGAACCUGAAGACAUGCAGGUCGUUUAUAAUUACCUCGUAUCGACGUUGCUACCUGCUCAUCUCGAAAAGGAACUCCAUGGAGGCUCGAUGCCCAGGAACUCGGCAUCUCCAUUCACCAGCUCUCAUUAUGGAAAAUUUGUAACGGGUGCCUCGAGCAUGAGUGAAUCGAUUGGAAUAGCAAAGUCUCCAAUAGUCUUCAUAAACUACUCUACAACACCCACACCCUUGUAUUUAGUAGUCUACAGUGCCUUGAGUGCAACGAUUUGUCUAUUUAUUGACAGCUCCACAGGUCUUUUGAUCAGCUACCUGAAGAGCUUGGACGCCUUCCUGGGCCCCCAGCUGACUACCCUGGUGAGCUCAGUGGCAGAGCAGUGCUCCAAGCACGUGCCCGAUCUUGGAGAGUCCACACCCAAAUACUUAUACUUCAACAAACUGAAUCUAGCAUACAAGAGCACAAUUCAUCUAGACAACAGACGUGUCUCCAACGUUCUGACGACUCCGGAGGCAUUAAGGAUAAUCACUGACAUCCAUAGUGACACGAAUAAACUCAAGGAAGCUGGUGAGGUCGUUAUCAAGACGAUGAGCGACUACUGGGUCGUCGGAAAACUCUCCAAUCUGCGGGAAUUCUUCGUCGUCAUUCAACAGAAAAAUGCGAUUAUGAUCGAAAUCGAUGACGAGGUGAAACGUCUCUGCGAGAAACAGCUGAAGAGCAUCUUCUUCCACUGAAGUUCCUUCUGUACAGCAUGUAAAAGAUGUAAAAAAAAA